UCGAGAUCAAUAAAAAGCUGCCAGCACUGGUUCUGAAUUCGCAUAUUCUGCCCAGCUCUCACUACUCUGAGGAGCCACAGGUCAUGGCUGAAGUCGUCCAGGCCCGUACAACGCUUACGUCCCCCCCGCCCUCUCGAAAACGUUCAGCGUCCCCGACCGACGCAGAGCCCGCCACCGACUCAACAAGUACUGCCCUCACCAAGACGAACAAUGAAACAUCUCUUGCGCCGAACGAGGAGCCUCCGGCUAAGAAGACAAAACUGAUUCGUCGCAAGCGUCGCCCUGCGCGGCCACAAGUUGACCCCUCCACGAUAAAAUCAGAGCCUCCUCCGCAAACUGGGACAGUGUUCAAUAUCUGGUAUAACAAAUGGUCCGGUGGUGAUCGAGAGGAUGCGUUCUUGUCUAAUCACGCUGCUCCUUCGCGGUGUAAUAUUCGCAACGACUCCGGAUGGACAGCAGCAGACAGAACACCGGGGAGCUAUUUCUGCCUGUUCUUCGCGAGAGGCCUGUGUCCGAAAGGCCAUGAAUGUCAAUAUCUCCAUCGACUACCUACGAUAUACGAUGUCUUCAAUCCCAACGUCGACUGCUUUGGACGAGACAAACAUAGCGACUAUCGGGAUGACAUGGGUGGUGUAGGAAGUUUCAUGAGGCAGAAUCGCACCCUGUACGUGGGGAGGAUCCAUGUGUCGGACGAUAUCGAGGAAGUGGUCGCACGGCAUUUCCAAGAGUGGGGGGAGAUUGAACGUAUUCGCGUUCUCACAGGUCGCGGUGUUGCUUUCGUCACGUACGUCAACGAAGCUAACAGUCAAUUUGCAAAAGAGGCCAUGGCACACCAAGCGCUGGACCAUAAUGAAAUAUUGAACGUGCGAUGGGCCACUGUGGAUCCCAAUCCGCUCAGUCAGAAGAGAGAGGCUGCCAGGAUCGAAGAGCAAGCAGCCGAAGCCGUUCGUCGGGCGCUGGGUGAGAGAACAGUCAGGGAGAUCGAAGGACGCGAGACAAGAGAGGAGAGAGAUCAAAGGCGCAUCGAGAGCAGUUAUGGGCUGGAAGGAUAUGAGGCGCCGGAGGAGAUUUGGUUUACGCAACAGCAGCAGAAGGAGCUCGAAGGGCAGAAGUUGGGCGAGAGAGGGUUGCUUGAGGCUCCUCCUGGUCCGGAAUCAGGCGUUGAGCAGGGAACCUCCACAGAAGAAAAUACUGCGGCCCCGGAAGAGCCUGGAUCACAAGCAGGCCAAGAGCGUGGCAACGGCCAAGCCUGGGAGAAUGGCAUCCUGUCGGGCUCGACGCUGGCAGCUCUCAAGGGGUAUACCUCUAGUGCAGGAUUCCGGGAGGGGUCAAAGCCUGCCGCAUCAGCCGGGCCACUUGUCGCAUACGGCAGCGACGACGAGGAAGAUUGAAAUUCGCAAUACAGGGUCGUCACCACCAAAAAUGGAGAGAUCACCUUUGAUGGGUGAUGUGCAAAACCACCAUUUCUAUUGAAGCCUAUUUAUCUUCGGCAGUGACGCCUUUUUUUUAAUGUCUUUUCCCCUUCCAAAGCUCUUUU